CCCAGAUGAUGCCCCUAUAUAUACAAACCCACCAAGCGGGUAGGGUUUCUCCCUCUCGCUCGCUCGCUGCCUCCCUCGCGUGCCCUCUCCGCGCCGCCGCCGCCGUCGUCGACCGUCCCCGCUUCCGGCCUUUCACCAUGAUCAUCUCCAAGAAGAACCGCAGGGAGAUCUGCAAGUACCUCUUCCAAGAGGGAGUCUUGUAUGCGAAGAAGGACUACAACCUGGCCAAGCACCCGCAGGUCGAUGCCUCCAACUUGGAGGUCAUCAAGCUCAUGCAGAGCUUCAAGUCCAAGGAGUAUGUCAGGGAGACCUUCUCGUGGCAGCACUACUACUGGUACCUGACCAAUGAUGGCAUUGAGUUCCUGCGUACCUUCCUCAACCUGCCGUCAGAGAUUGUGCCCAACACCCUGAAGAAGUCUGCCAAGCCGCCGUCUCGCCCAUUCGGCUCUGGACCGCCGGGUGACCGCCCCAGGGGCCCACCUCGUUUUGAGGGUGACAGGCCAAGGUUCGGUGAUAGGGAUGGUUACAGGGGAGGCCCUCGUGGUGCUCCAGGUGAUUUCGCUGGUGAGAAGGGUGGAGCUCCUGCUGAGUUCCAGCCAUCUUUCAGGGGUGGUAGCCGACCUGCCUUUGGCCGUGGAGGUGGCGGUGGCACUUUCGGUGCUGGUGCAUCGUCCAUGGAGUGAACAAGGGAUACAUCAGCUAGCGGGAGCGCUGUUUUACCUAAUAGCUUUCCAGAUCCAAUGCGCAAGAGGUGUCUUGUCUUCUCUGUUGAUGUUUGAAUUCUGCGGACAACGAGAUUUUGUUUAUCGAAUUGUAGCCAAGGUUAUUAAGACAUGGUUUAUGGUUUUGUUUGGUAGACUGAACUCCUUUAAAUGAAAUUAUGUCAGCUGUUGGUACGCUGAGAAUCUGAAAUCUGACAGAUUGUUACUUAAUCGUUUUUCUCCA